ACAACCGUGUAAAUCCAUGACGUCAGUUCCGCUUGAACUGCUAACGAGCUAUAAAUAAAAUCUUCCCUGUGUAUUGUUAAAGAAACUUCCCUCAUUUGACGUCAUUCGCGAGAGGGAUUAAGGGACUAUUUACAAGUUUGUCAUCUGGGUUCCGGAAACCACAAGAAGGCCAGGAAGGAGAGGAAGGUGAACACAUCAAAAUGGGUCUCCUUUUCACAAAAAUAUGGAAUCUUUUUACGAACGAAGAACACAAAGUGAUCAUUGUAGGCUUAGAUAAUGCUGGAAAGACAACAAUACUCUAUCAGUUUUUAAUGAAUGAAGUAGUCCACACAUCUCCCACGAUAGGCAGCAAUGUGGAGGAAGUGGUGUGGAAAAAUAUACAUUUUCUAAUGUGGGACAUUGGGGGUCAGGAGUCCCUUAGAUCAUCAUGGAACACUUAUUACACUAAUGCUGAGUUUAUUAUCCUAGUUGUUGAUAGUACAGACAGAGAAAGGUUAACAAUCACAAAAGAAGAACUACACAAAAUGUUAGCACAUGAGGAUCUCAAGAAGUCAGCAGUAUUAAUAUACGCUAACAAGCAAGACGUAAAAGGUGCCAUGUCGUCAGCAGAGAUCUCGCGCCAGUUAAAUCUUACCUCCAUUAAGGACCACAGUUGGAACAUACAGGCUUGCUGUGCAUUAACGGGAGAGGGUUUAUAUCAAGGACUAGAAUGGAUUGCCAACACCUUGAAGAAGAGGUGAUCAAGAUUGUGUUAGAGAAAACUGAAUAUUGUUACUGAAUUUCCCUCCUCCACCACAAUACUGCCGUCACAGGGGCAUUAUAGGAAUAAACAUUAUUUAUUAGGAAAACACUGUUGACAAGUGUGCCUGUGAUUUUGGUGAAAAAAUGGGGGAAAGAAUAUGUGACUGGAAAUAAUGCAGACGUUGGUGAAAAAUGAGAAAAACUUGCCUGGAAAUAACAUGGAUGUAGGAUAAAAUUGAAGUGUUUGCCUACGAAUGACAGGAAUCUUGGUGAAAAACAGGAAAAUGUGCCUGAGAGGAACAGGUUUGCCUUGCAACUCUAAAAUUUUUCUCCACGUGAAGUUAGAAAUGUCCAGGAAAUAUGAUAAAAAAAUGGCUGGAUUUAUUGUGUGUGGCACAGGGCAUGCCUGGAAAACAAUCUCUGGAUUAUUUCUCGAAGUUUGACUGAAUUACUGAAGUAUUCCUGUACCAGAUUGGAAAGAAAAGAGAGAAAUGUGUGCAGGAAUGUUUGACUUUCGUAACGGAAUCUUGGACUGGGAAAUUCCCCCUUGUCUGCCAAGGAAGUUUUAUACACGGAGAAACGGAAAUUCAUAACGUCCAUGUUGACUGAUUCCUGCUACAACAAAACAUUACAGAAUCUUUAAAAGAUUUUACUUGAGAAAUAUGACAAUCUUCUUGAAGUUACAGUAACAACAAUUUUAUGUAGAAUUGGAUGCAACAGAAUCAGUAUCACUAUGAUCAAAAUGUAUUUACAGCGAGUUUUUGAUUGCUAAAAACCGAGAACUGUUUCAAAAUAUGUGGACUGCAAAUGCUGUCAUGACUACAGAGGAUGCAGCGAUAACAGUUUCUGGUCUUAUGUUGAUUUUUCAGCAGAGAAAUUUAGAGUAACAGUCCUGAAUGUUAUUUUUAAGUCAUGUGACCUACCGCUGUUAUAAUAUAUGUAAAAUUUAUGGAUUUAUUAACUGCCAUCCAUCAGCUCACACACUAAUUCUAUUAUUUAUACCACGUGAAAAUGAAAAAUAGUUCAGAAGAAAUGGAAGUAAUACAUCCCAGUAAUGGAAGUAAUAAAUCCCAUGUGAUUGACUUUCCAAAACCUGGAAAAGAUCCCUACAUGGGUUCGAAUUGCUUCAACUCAAUAGGAAUGUGAUAUAUUUGAAAACAUUGCCACUGAGGUCACAUGGGCAUUGUACAGAUUUUAUUUUUCGAGGAGAUGAAUAGAAAUUUUAAAAUAAAAAUAGUAUGUGUAAAUUCUUUGGGGGAAGCAGGCUGGCAUAGAUCAAGGUUUCUUUGUCAACCAUGCGGAAGGAAGAAAUCGGCAGACAGUGAACUACAGAAAUUUUAUAAAAGUAUUUUAAUGUUGUGCUGGAAAUUAUCUGAUUACUUUGAUAUCAAAUACAACCAUUUAAACAGGGGUUCUGUGAGCACAUCUGUCAGACUGAAAAUAUAUAAUUAAACAAAGUUUUAAAUUACUUCUACGUCACAGUUUUUCAUAAGAAUGAAAAGAUCUGUUUCUUACUUUUAAGACUGGUAGUCGAGGAACAGAUAUGAAGCCAUCUUUAUAUCACAGCGCUUGUUCCUUUAAUAGAAAGUCAGACGUAUUUUCUUAUUAAUUUGCAGUUCAAUCCAUUUGAUGACUAUUCUACUUUAGCCAGUAUAUGGUGUUUUCUGAAAACAUUUAAAACAAACAUUAUUCCAACUGACACAAGCUUGAUAUGAGAACUUUUGGCCUUUACCAAUACUUUAUUUCAGUCUGACACAGAGAGGUAUUAAUGACAUCUGUUCUCAUUGUGAAAAUCGAUGAUGAGGUUAUGCCAAGUGUUUCUGAUAAAAAAUGUUUUCAAAUUCAUUUAAUACAAGUGGAAGCCUUCAGGUUCCAAGGUAAAAGGCAUCAAGUCGUCUGCUCAGCGUAAAUUCUAGUCAUCAAGAUACAUGUGUACAUAAUUACCAUUGAUUUAGGUUGAUAUCUAUAACUAUUACUGCAGUUCUGUUUGACAACUGAACUGUUACAAAGCCCUGGAAGUAUUCUGUGCGCUAUUAUUACUCUUUUAGUUCAAAAUUGUAAGUAGGUUGUCACACAAACAUAUACCAUAAACCGUUUUGUUAAUUCUGUCUGCAAAAGGUGUAGAAAUUCUGAAAAAAAAAACUAAGUUGCGCUCCUGUUAAGAAUGUAUUAUGGUGAAAAUCAAAAUGCAAAAACUAUGAAUAAAAAAGAUAUCAGAAUAAGUGAGUUGUUUGAAUUGUGUGAAGAAAUACUGUAAAGCAUAUAUUGAGCAGAACAUCAUGUAUAAUUCAGUAUUUUUUUAUCAAUUGUAUUUCAAUGUAAUUUUAGAAACGUAAAUUUAGGUAGAUAGCAUAAAAGCUACAUAAUUUUAUCAUUAGAUUUGUAUCUGUUUCUGCAUGUCUUCAUUUUCUUGGAAUAGUUCUAUGUUCUGUACCAUUUGCUGUAAAGUGUGUUGUAAAAGAAGCACACACUAAUCAGACUUCAUGCAUCUUAAUUUAAAACUGGAAUAGGUUUAUAAUAUAAGAUGAUGCACUAUAUCCGGUAUACAGGGUAAAUGGUUUAAUGCCUUUUAGUAGAUUAUUUCUUUAUUUACCUCAAUGUCAAAGAUUCUCAAAAGAGCUACAUUCUGAAAGUGAAAUGUGUAGAUUAAUAUAGAUAGUGGCCCUGAAAAGGGUCAUUCCUGUCCUAAACAGAAAAGGACAGGUGUCAGUAAGGAAAGAGGGCUGUUGUCAUAGUGUGAGAAUCUUACAAGGACUGCUUGAACAUUUCUUUACUUACAGUAAUUAGUCAAAGAAGACUAAAAAGUUACAUAUUGGUUGUCAGCUAGUAAAAAUGACUAUCUAGAUUUUAAUAACUUGAAGGUGCCAAAUAGUCAAUAUAUUACUUGGUUUCUCUGCAAACAGACAUCCUAACAGUAAAUACAUGGGAGAGUAUGAAUAAUGGCCCUGAAAAGGGCAACCCUUUCAUGGCAUAAACAAGGCAGAUUUCAAUUAAAAUUUUCAACAUUUGGUUUGAAGUUUGAAAACGGUUACUGUAGAUCUUGUUUUGAAGCAAAUACACCUUAGGUUUUCAGUAUUAUGCUGUUGGAAUGAAAGGUAUAGAAAUACUCCUGUUACCUACUGUUGUCUGUAUCACAAACUGUAUAUAUUGAUAUAACAUUACAUUAUCAUUAAAGACUGAAAAUAUGGUUAUCA